UAACAUGUGAUAGUAAUCCACGUCUGCGAAAUGAUGUUUGCGCAGUCUGUCAAAUUGGUGUGAUGUGCUUGAAUAUUGUUUCCUCUUGGAAUGGAUUUAGAAGAGGCAUUUCAACUAGUCGGAGAAUUCGGAUCAUAUCAGAAGCAGAUGGUGUUGGUUCUUGUGUUGCUUCAGGUGUAUAUGGCAUGCCAGUCCAUGCUCAUUGUGCUCAUUGGCGCUAUACCAGAAUACCACAUUGAACAAGGUGACCACUCCAACCAUGAGGAGCUCAUCAAACACGUUACAUUUACAGAGGAUGUCAACUCCAUUGUGACGGAGUGGUUCCUUCUAAAGCAACAGUCUUACAAGGUCAGCUUGGCAGGCUCUUUGUUCUUUGCUGGGGUCUUGAUAGGAAAUGUGUUUUUUGGACCCCUCUCUGACAAGAUUGGAAGGAAACCAGUCUUCCUAACAGCUCUGUUCUUUGAGGUGGUGUUUGGCUAUGCCACAGCCUUUGCUCCCAGCUAUGAGGUGUUUGCGUUGUCGCGCCUGCUGGUGGGUCUGAUGAAUGGGGGUAUGUCCCUCGUCUGUUUUGUGCUCACCCAGGAGUAUGUGGGCAAGGCCUAUUGGGCCAUGACAGGGACCUUGACUAAUAUGACCUUUGCUGUGGGUAUUGCCCUGUUUGGUGCCCUUGGCUACUAUAUCAGACCAUGGCGUACCCUGGCAACAGCAGCUAAUUCUCCUGGCGUCCUGUUUUUUCUACUUUGUGUGACUCUCCCGGAGUCUCCACGCUGGCUGUAUUCCCGUGGUUACACGGAGAAGGCGGAGGAGGUUUUGCAGUAUAUAGCUGUGCGGAAUGGGAACAGCAACGCUGCAGCCAAAGUAAAGCUCCGUAUGUGUCCUGGCUCUGUCAAGACUGGUAACCAGGGCAACAAUGGCCCUGGCUUCCUCGACCUGUUCACCCACACAGUGCUCCGCUGGAGAACCGUGGUGCUCAUGUAUGUCUGGUAUUCCUGCAGCCUGGUGUACUAUGGGCUGACCAUGAAUGCCAGUGAGGACAGUGGGAACCGCUACUUCAGUGUUGCCAUGUAUGGACUAGUGGAGCUCCCAGCCUACCCUCUCUGUAUCUAUUUCAUAAACAAGCAGUGGGCUGGGAGAAGGAAAACCAUGGCCAGCUUUCUGGCUUUAGCUGGCUUGUCGUGUCUAUGCACCAUGUUGGUUCCAGUAACUGCUGGGGCAUUGUUCAAUGCUACUUCUUUAGCUUUGUUAGGAAAGCUGUUGGUCAGUGCGGCUUUCAACAUAGUGUAUGUCUACACUACUGAACUGUACCCCACUGCUGUAAGGAAUGCUGGUCUUGGGGUCUGCUCAAUGUCUUGCAGAGUCGGGGGGAUCCUGGCCCCUUUUGUGCCCUCUAUGAGAGAGUUACACACCUCUAUGCCCUUCCUGGUGUUCUGUCUCAGUGGGAUCUCUGCUGGCUGCCUGGGUCUCCUUCUCCCUGAGACACUUAACAAACCUGUGACAGAGACACUGGAUGAGCUCAGCAGCCCUGCUUACCACCGCAUUGUAGAGACCAAGACACACUUGUUUGAAGAGGACCAAUCGAAAACCAACCACAAUCAGUGACUCACUCUUUGAACAAGAGAACAGUCAGAGGCAAUCCGACAGGAGAGACUCUCGAAGCCUGUCCACACACAAGUGCUUUCUCACAAGUGACCCGAUGUGCUCUGUUUCCAUGGUGAAGCAAGGACGGGUCAUGCCGUGAUGGAUGGUGGUCCAUUUUUACAGGGAACGGCACACAUGUUUACAAUGUUUUCGUGUUAUUUUGUUUCUCUCUUUGUAUGUGUGAUACUUUUUGUACUUUACAGUGAAAAUCGCAGUUUAGCCGCAGUGAAUUGAUCAAGUAAUCAUGUGGUAUCAAAUGGAAGAGAACUACAAUUACUGCCAAAGUUUUCAGUUUCUACUUUUCCAAGUAGCCAUCGGGGGCUUAAUUUAUAAUUGUUGCGUACAUUUAACACUAAAUAGCCGCGUGCGCCAUUUCUGUAAAAUCUCAAUAUUUUUGUGCGUGCAGUUAACUUGGCACACACCAUUCAUAUGCAGGUUUCCCAUUGUAAAUCAGACCUGUCAUAACUGUGACCGAGCAUUUACUCCACCUGAAAAAUGCCCAUCAUUCACCUUUUGUGAUGACAAUAACGCCCUUAUUUUAUGUAUAGUUUGGAAGUAUUGGAAUUAGACCAAGACGGUAUCUAAAGGAAAUAGCAAUGGUGACCUUGAUCACAUGCCUUUGGAGGGAUUGGCUAAAUGUUUUAUUUUCUAUUGCUAUUUCCUUUAGAUACUGUCUUGGCCUAAUUCCAAUACUUUCAAACUAUACCGAAAAUAAGGGUGUUAAAAGGUUCAUGAUGGGUGUUUUUGAGGUGGAGUAAAUCUGGGUAUUUGAAAUUUUCUGAACGACAAACAAUUGCAUGUUCUUGUGGACCUGUAAACAGACCGGUUAAAUGCAACAUUUUGCAUGAACCUUUUCCCAAACCUAAAUAUGCUGCACUACCUGCGAAUUCUGAUACAUUGUCUACUCUGUAAAAUGUAAACAGUGACCUUAGUGGUAGCCUACACACUUCAAUGCAAAAUAUCAACUCUCUGUUCACCUGUCAAAUUCUACUGUAUGUUAUAAACCGCGCACCCUGUCGGAUACAUAGGCUAUUUAUAAUUUUGCUCUAACUAAUAAUCCCAGUUAAAUGAGAUGCGUGUGGUAAUUUGUUGUAUAGCUACUACAAGAAUAUAAACUCAUCAUGGCCAGAAAAGGUGAGGAAUUUAUUCUGCGAUGGUUGAUAUGUACUAUGUUUGUAAAUGAAAUAUCUACAUUUCACAUUACAGUGCUCGGACAUGGCCUGUGAACCAUCUGUUCUACUGUUAAACUGCGCUUCAGAUCGCAUAGAGCAAAAUAGGCUGCUUGAAAUAGCUUAUCUAUUUACUACUGGGAAGUGGGUACAAUUUUAAAUUAGUGAUAAACUACCAUUCGUCCCAUCUUAACUUGUCUGCCUGUAGGCUAUUUCGAAACCAUCAAAGGUGAAAUGAUUGUGGAAAUUAAAUAAAUAAUAGCAAAUAUAUAUGCCUUAUUUCAAAUUAUUUUAGAAUGUGAUGAUGCAUUGAUUUUUCUUUUAUCACAAAUGGAAAAUGAUAGCAUCUUAUUUAGCUAGGCAUACCUGUUUUAUGUUGUGAAAAUAUGAUGACAUCUAUUCAUAAGGCUACGACUAGGCUACGUUAUUUGCUUUCUUGCAAUGCAGGACUUCAACCACUAGAAACAGUGUAUGCAUGGUCUAAAGUUUGUGGGAGGAUAGCACUUUCUCAUGUAAAGUUCAGUUUUUAUAAAUACCAACUUUUGUGUGAGAACAGGCAUGCAUAUUUUGUGUGUACGCAACAUUUAUAAAUCAAGUCACUGAAGUUCAAAUGGCUUGUUUCAGUUUCCAUAUAAAUAUAAUUUCUGUGUUCUGCUGGACAGAUCAUAUGCUAGUUACAAUGUGAAUACAGAUUAUGUAUAAAUAUCUAUAUUGGACAUUGUUGACGAUUUGUACAGUAUUCAAGGUAAUUGGUUUACAUUGUGCUGAUUCCGGAGUUAUAAAUAGUUAAUGACGGAGGUAACACCAAUUGUGAAUGGUAGCUUGCAUAAUAAUAUGAGAAUGACAUGGAACAGGGGUGCAUUGUAAUGUUCAUGGACAUUUGAAUCUUUUAAAUCUUAAUACUGUUUAUUAUAAGUAAUUAUAGUGGUCACUGCCUGAACUCAGGUCACGUUUGGCCUUUUACCCUAGUGAGGUGAUUGUCACCAUUGACGCAGACAGGAGAGGCCCCCGAACAACCAUAUCGGCCAGAAGCUCUCAUCAAAGAAUGACGUAACCGCAUAAUGUUUUUUUCCCCCAUCACUUAUAAUUAUGGCAGUUGGCCCGUACCACCGGUUCAGCAAACAGUUGGAGUGAGUUGAAGAGUUGAAACCGUAAUCAUUGUUUUGAUUUAUAUUCCUCUGACACUGUAUGCUUGCCAGCACAGAAAUUCCCUGUUGGAAGUAAAUAAACAAUCUCCAACAAAA